GCGCCUUGGAUUGUAAUAUCAACAACGCAAUGCACUUUAAUUGCAAACAUGAACACUAGUAUAAAUGCAUAAAUAUCCUAGGUGGUCAUGAAAUCCUCACAGUUGUGUCUGGACAGGCAUCACUUUACUAUAUCUAACGGUUUACAAUGAAGCUGACAGCACUACUCGUGUUAUGUAUAGCCGCCGUGGUGUGGUCCAAAUCUACAUACACCGAUAAAUAUGAUAACAUAAACGUGGACGAGGUGCUAGAAUCUGAACGGCUCUUAAAAGGCUAUGUGGAGUGCCUCAUGGACAGAAGCCGGUGUCCACCCGACGCAAAAACAUUAAAAGAAACAUUGCCUGACGCUUUGGAGAACGAAUGUAACAAAUGCACGGCGAAACAAAAAACCAAUGCGGACAAAGUUAUCAAACAUUUAGUUAAUAAGCGACCGGAAUUAUGGAAGGAGUUAGCCACUAAAUAUGACCCUGAUAACAUCUACCAAGAAAGAUACAAGGACAAAAUUGAUGCUGCAAAGAAGAGUUGAGUAGUUAAAGUUUUGUGUUCACGUAAAAUUUGACAAAAUUCUUCUAUACGUAAUAAUUAUUAUGGUGUGAUUUUAA